GUUAUCUUGCUUUGCUCCUGGUUGCUAGCUUCACUCUGCAGCCGAUCGUUGCUAGCUUCACUCCGUAAGCAGGAGCAAUUGGAAAACGGCAGAUGCAGAGAACGUACAGAACGCAUAGGGUUCUGAAUGGAUACAUGUGCUGCGCUGUGCUCCCUAUGUUAGCCACCCCUCCCCUCCACCAGGAAAGCUGGAAAAGUAAUACUUCAGGACUUUAAAUCAGAAUCUGAAGGACAAAGCUGUGUCUUCUGAAAAAUGAGCCAUCACCCACAUUCCGGACUAAUAGCAGCCUACAACAGUCUAACCGAUAGGCACCUAAUUGGAUACUUUAACAACACAAGAGUACGACGGCAUCUAAGAAGAGCAGGACUGGUUACCAAAAAUGGCAGAAUCGUCCCAGAGAAAGAAUAUAAAAAUAACCUCCUGCAAAAGGACCAUGAAAGAUACUUACGGGAAAGUAUUGCACAAGCAGUUUUUCAGAAAGUACUAGAUUUAGAGCGGCAUCAUAAACUGGAAAUAAGAAAGAAAUUGGAAGAAAUUACACUUAAAAGACGGACUUCAAAGAUCAAGGCAAAGAGGGUAAGGAAACAUGAUGUCUCACUGCCUAUGCUGUCUCCGCAUCCGCCAACUUACCCAAGGAGUCAACAUGCACAAGUGCCAGAGGAAGAUGGAGAGCCUUCUGAGGGAUCAGAUUCUUUACUUACUCCCCGCCCAUACACGGCACCUGGGAAAAUGCAACGACCAGUUCGUCUAGAGCCAAUCAGUAAGGACACUGCACCUUCUCAAAAAAGGACUGUGUCAGGUGUAAGAAAGAAGUACCAAAGCGAAGAAGAUCAACAUAUGUCCAGAGAGUUUGGCAAAGAAGAUCAAAAAUAUUCUACGAAGGAUUUUGCCUGUGAAGUUUCCCCCUAUCUACUUCCAGUUAUAAAUAAUUAUGUGGUCCCAGUUCCACCUCCUUCUAGAAAAGAAAAGAAUUCGAAGGGAAAACCAAAGGGAACAGUUGGGGGUAGAAGGCUGCGGCCCACAACUGCACCAAAUUUGCUAGGUGUCACAAAGGAGUCUACCAAAUAUCACAAAAACGGAAUUCACAGUAAUGUAGUAUUAACUAUGGUGUAUUUUGGAAGAACUGUCCAUUUGACGUUUGAGGCUCUAGGCCUGAUAAAAGAAGAAGUGAAAAUUCUACAACAACACUGUGGUGGAGAAAAUCUAUGCAUUUACCAUGGACAGCUAUCAGUAGGAGAAACAUUUCAGUUUAUCUCAAAGAGACAUCAUGGCUUUCCAUUCAGCCUUAGUUUUUACGUCGAUGGGUUACUAGUUGAUAGACUCAGUUCUUGCUGUGAAUUUAAACAUCGAAGAGGAUCUAGGCUUGGAGGGAAGAGUGGCCCUUUUGGCUUUCUCAACAUUGAAGGAGCUACACCCUGUUACAAGUGUAUUAUUUCAAUGGGAUUAGAUAAAAAGCCAACUCCUCCUAAAAGAAUGAAGGAAGAGAGCGACGAGAAAACACAAAAAGAUGAUGAAUAUGAAGAGGAUUUUGAAGGGGAUGCAGAAGUCAAAGUGAAGAAGGAAUCGGAUAAUGAAAGUAAUGAGUCGGGUUCAGAUAAAGGAAAGACAAUGAGCGAUGAAGAGAAGGCAAGCUAUUCUGGUUCUGAGUCAGAGUAUGAUGACAAAUCAGGUGACAGAGGUUCAAGGUCUUCUAUGUCAUCCAUGUAUUCAUUAAGUAGCAGCAAAGAUGGCACAGAGAGUCAAACCGAGGAUGUAAAAGAUUCAGUUCAGGAAGAGACUCUCAAAGCCUCCUACAGUUCAUCAGGAGGGGACCUGGAAUCUGCUGGCGACGUUAAGGAUCAUGAAUGUGAUGAAGAGGGAAUAACUGAAAAUCCUGAACAUCACGAAGCAGAAACACCACAACUAGAACAGGCUGAGAAUCUUCAGAGUAGUGAUCAAGGCUUAAGUGAAAACAAAGCACAUGAAACGAUAUCUGACAUUGAUGAAGAACUUACUGAGGGGGGCACUGCGACUGACACACAGGAAAGUGUCCGACUGACACCUGAAGAAGCAGGACCCAAAAACACUGAAGAAGCAGGACUUGAAAAUGCUUAUUCUGAGUCAUUCACCUUGGAAUCAGCAUUAGAAAAUGACAUUGCAGAAUCACAGCCCCAACAAGAAACUGAACCUCCUGAAUGUAGUGGUGAAAACAUGGAUUCUUUUUAUGUUGGCGCACAGGCAGCCAAAUCUAUUCAAGAGAAAAUUUCAGAGGCUAUUUUAUGUGAGUCAAGAUGCAGUUCAGAGCCAGAACCUAGUGACUCCAGUUCUGAUGACGAUGAUGACAAUUCAAGUGCCACUAAUAGGCGAAGACCAUCUGAAGAAAGGUUUAAUGGUGCAGAACCUGAAGUGUGUACAGAGUCAGCAAACAGCACUAACAAGGAGUCAAACAUGGAAACUAAAAUGGAGGAAACCGAUCUUCAUACACACUCUGAAAGCAAAUGCUUGAAGUCUGAGCCAGAUGAAGAUCACAAGGACAUUAAAGCUGAUGCCCUACCAGAUCAUGAGUGUGAGAGAGAGGCAGAGCAGGCUGAGAAUGAAAUCCCAAGUAAUAACAGAAAUGAACGACCUGAAUCUGUAACAGAGGCAGCACAUUUUGAGGCUAAUACUGCUGAGGAAUCUCAGUCUGAAGCAGCGCAACUUGAGAACACAGAGGUUGAAGCAUACAUAAUAGAUGCAAGUUUUGAAGAUGAUGGUGAAGUGAAUGAAGCUGGUGAAGAAAAGACAGGGAUAGAGGCUCAAGGAGAAGGUGAGGCUCAAGUAGAGGCAGGGUCUGAGGGUGAGAUGGGAAAUGAUAUGGGUGAAUUAGAGAUUAAUUCUAAGACAGAUGAAAUAGUGGCAGAGACUGAGGCAAGUUCAGAGCCUACAGAGGCAGGGACUGAAGCUAAUUCAGAUGAUGUUGAGGCUGACAAAUUAGAAACUGACAUUGAAGAGGCUGAGACUGAGGCUAACACAGAAGAGGGUGAUCCUGAGGCUGUUGCAGAGGAGGCUGUAGAAGAGGAAGAACUUGAGACAGAAAUUGAGGCUAACAUUGAAGAGGCACAGGUUGAGGGUAAUACUGAGGUAGAUGCUGAAACAAAUAUUGAAGAAGGUGAGACAGAGAACGAGGCUAAUGUAGAAGAUGGUGAACAUGAGGCAGAGGCUGAGGUUAAUGCAGAUGAAGCUGAACCAGUAACACAGUCAGAAGCUGAUCUGUCUGGGACAGAACAUGAAGCCAACAUAGAGGAGACUGAGACUGAGACUGCGUCUCAGGCCAAUGAACAUGAUGCCGACAAUGAGCUUGAAACUAACAUAGACAUGGCUGAGCCUGAACUUGAAGCUGAUGUGGAUGAGGCAGAGCCAGAGGCUAAUGAAGAUGUUGCAGAGGCUGAGCCUGAGGUUAACAUAGAUGAGGCUGAGCCAGAAGCUGAAGCUAUUUUAGAAGCGGCUGAACCCGAGGCUAACAUUGAUGAGGUGAAUGAGGCAGAGCCGGAGUCCGAGGCGAAUGUAGAUGAGGUUGAUCCUGAGCGCAUUGCAAAUGAGGACGAGGCUGAGCCUGAGCCCGAGGCCGAGGUAGAUGAAGCAGAGCCCAAGGCUGAUCCUGAGGCUGAUGUGGCUGAGGCUGAGGCUGGUGUAGCUGAGGCUGAUGUAGCUGUAGCUGAGACUGAGGCUGAGGCUGGUAUAGCUGAGGCCGAGCCUGAGCACGAGGCUGAUGUAGAUUUGGCAGAGCCUGAGGCUGAUGUAGAUGUGGCCGAACCUGAGCCUGAGCCCGAGGCUAAUGCGGACGAGGCCGAGCCUGAGCCCGAGGCUGAUGUAGAUGAGGCCGAGCCUGAGCCCAAGACUGAUGUAGAUGAGCCCGAGGCUAAUGUGAACGAGCCUGAGCCUGAGGCUAAUGCGGACGAGGCCGAGCCUGAGCCCGAGGCUGAUGCAGCCAAACCUGAGCCUGAGCCCGAGACUAACGCGGAUGAGGCCGAGCCUGAGCCCGAGGUUAACGCGGACGCGGCCGAGCCUGAGCCCGAGGUUAACGCGGACGCGGCCGAGCCCGAGGCUAACGUGGACGAAGCCGAGCCCGAGGCUAACGUGGACGAAGCCGAGCCCGAGGCUAACGUGGACGAAGCCGAGCCCGAGCUUAACGUGGAUGCGGACGAGGCUGAGGCCGAGGCUAAGGUGGACGCGGACGAGGCUGAGCCUGAGGCUAACGGGAAUGAGGCUGAGCCUGAGCCCGAGGCUAACGCGGCUGAGGCCGAGGCUAACGCGGCCGAGGCGGACGCGGCUGAGCCCGAGGCUAACGCGGACGCGGCUGAGCCCGAGGCUAACGCGGACGCGGCUGAGCCCGAGGCUAACGCGGACGCGGCUGAGCCCGAGGCUAACGCGGACGCGGCUGAGCCCGAGGCUAACGCGGACGAGGCUGAGCCCGAGGCUAACGCGGACGAGGCUGAGCCCGAGGCUAACGCGGACGGUGCCGAGGCUAACGCGGACGGUGCCGAGGCUAACGAGGCCGAGGCUGAGCCCGAGGCUAACGCGGACGAGGCCGAGGCUGAGCCCGAGGCUAACGCGGACGAGGCCGAGGCUGAGCCCGAGGCUAACGCGGACGAGGCCGAGGCUAACACGGACGAGGCUGAGCCCGAGGCGGUCGCGGACGAGGCCGAGCCUGAGCCCGAGGCGGUCGCGGACGAGGCCGAGCCUGAGCCCGAGGCGGUCGCGGACGAGGCCGAGCCUGAGCCCGAGGCGGUCGCGGACGAGGCCGAGCCUGAGCCCGAGGCGGUCGCGGACGAGGCCGAGCCUGAGGCCGAGGCUGAUGCGGACGAGGCCGAGCCCGAGGCGGAUGCGGACGAGCCUAAGGCCGAGGCUGAGCCCGAAGCUAAUGCGGACGAGGCCGAAGCUAAUGCGGACGAGGCCGAAGCUAAUGCGGACGAGGCCGAGGCUAAUGCGGACGAGGCUGAGCCCGAGGCUAACGCGGACGAGGCUGAGGCUGAGCCCGAGGCCGAGGCGGUCGCGGACGAGGCUGAGCCCGAGGCGGUCGCGGACGAGGCCGAGCCUGAGCCCGAGGCGGUCGCGGACGAGGCUGAGCCUGAGGCCGAGGCUAAUGCGGACGAGGCCGAGCCCGAGGCGGAUGCGGACGAGCCUGAGGCCGAGGCUGAGGCCGAGGCUAAUGCGGACGAGGCCGAGGCUAAUGCGGACGAGGCCGAGGCUAAUGCGGACGAGGCCGAGCCUGAGCCCGAGGCUAAUGCGGACGAGGCCGAGCCUGAGCCCGAGGCUAAUGCGGACGAGGCCGAGCCUGAGCCCGAGGCUAAUGCGGACGAGGCCGAGCCCGAGGCUAAUGCGGACGAGGCCGAGCCUGACCCCGAGCACGAGGCUAAUGCGGACGAGGCCGAGCCUGAACCCGAACCCAAUGCAGCCGAGGCCGAGCCUGAGCCUGAACCCGAGGCGGAGGCUCACAUAGAUGAGGCUGAGACUGAACCAGAGGCUCACGUAGAUGAAACCGAGGAUCAUGUAGACGAGGUUGAGGUUCACGUAGAUGAAUCCGAGGCUGAAGCUCACAUAGAUGAGCCAGAUUCUGAGGCUAACAUAGAGGAAGCAGAGUCUGAAGCUAAGGUAGAUGAGCCUGAAGCUGAGGCUACUACAGAUGAGGCAGAGGCUGAGGCUGAACCUGAGGUUAAUGCAGAUGAGCCUGAAGCUAACUUAGAAGAGCCCGAGACUAACACAGAAGAGGUUGAGCCUGAUGCUAAUGGAAAUAAAGCUGAGCCUGACAGCAAAGAGGAAGCUGAGCCUGAGCCCGAGCCCGAAGCUAACACAGAGGAGCCUGAGGCAGAGUCAGAGACUAAUGCAGAUGGGGCCAUGCCUGAGCAUGAAGGUAAUGAAGUUGAGGCUGAACCUGAGACUGAGGGUAGCACGGAAACGGCAGAGUCUGUAGUUAAUGCAGAAGAGGCAGAGACUGGUGCUAAUUUGGAAGUGACUGAGCCUGAACUGCAAGCUGAGACUAAUGUAGAAGAUGCUGAAGAAGAAGUUGCUAGAGAACAACCAAAUUCUGAAAGAGAAGGAGCUGCUGAAACUGAAGCAACAGACUAUUCUGAGCAAGACUUAACUCAACACAGAGAACAGCAAGAAUCUUUGCAACAGCAUGGACCAAAUGAAACUUCUGAAGACCUUUCUGAAGCUGAGUCUCAGAGAUCAAAAAAUGAAUCCCCUGUAAAUAUUCAGGAUGUCGAAGGAGAUUGAGGCAACCUGAGUUAAUAUGAAAGAUUCAUAAUGAAAUAAGCAUCUGUCUGACGUGGACACCCGCCUCUGUUUAUUGAGCAGUCCUUUCACAACCUCCUCAAUGGCAUUCUAGAAGUUUAAAAAUUGGAUUUUGUCACUCUCUUCUCAUCUCCAUAAAAAGACUUGUACCAUUAAUAAUGAUAUUAGUAGUAAACUCUAAUUGGCAUUCCUGCUUGUUUGCAAAAAAAGAGCCAUUUACCAUCAUAAUUGUAUUGUGUUACAGUAAGUACAAAACCAAACGAUUUAUGGACAAAAACCUGUGCACUUUCAACAAAGCAGAGAGGUUCUGUCUAGUCACAUCCUGCUGUCAGUUUUUUAUUUAAAUGUUCUUGCUUUACUACUUAAUAUCCUGUAUUCUAUUCCAAGAUGGCAUGACUUCAGCUGCCCAGUGUCAAGAGUGAUCAACAACUACUGGAAUGAGAACUGGAUGCAGGAACCUUUUGCUGUCUUUGGAUGUGGCGAGGAUGUGUUGUCCAAAACCUCUGAGCAACAGAGCAAGAUAUUUAUAGCAACAUGUUCAACAGACUAAGGUCCUUCGUUUUCCCCCCUUUUUUUUUUUUUGCAGACUUUAUAGUCCUUUGCAUUUCCAUUGCAAUGGCCCAGUUGCCAUUGGAGCCGCAGUCACUCGUGACACCCCCACCAUGACAUUGUUUUAUAGUAGCUUUUUUAUUAAAAAUUCGCACUUUCCAGUCCUCAGGGCAGCACUCAGUUUACUACAGAGAGGCUUUGUUUUAUUGCAUUUCUCAACUCUGCUUCACUAUAUGUGGGACCUUUUGAUAAACACCAUGCCAAAGCACAUUUUGAUGCUGCUUUCUUACACCGUAAUGUAUGGUUGUAGUUUUCCACUGUUUUUCAAUUCAUACAAUGCAGCUCUCUCUUGAGCUUGUAAUACUGUCGUAUGAUAUCAUGCAUUUUGGGUAAUAACCUCAUCCUGCAGGACUCUCAGUUUUGCUCAUGAACUUUGCUUCUCUGUGCAUCUUCUCCACCUGUAGAGGUCAGGUAAAAAAAAGUGUUGUAUUUAAAAUAUGCUUUGAAUCAUGAUCACAUAUUUUCACUGGUUGUAUAGGAGUUUUUUACAGCACUUUUUUAUUUUUGGAUCUAGGAAUACGUGUUGCUUGAGUGGAUGACCCAUCUCCUGUUCUUUUAGACUAUAAAAUGUUUAUCUAACCAAAACAAAAAAUGGUGAUUUCACAGGCAUGUAUUCCUUUAAAAUGUUGCAUUUUUGGUAUGACUUGAUGAUAAAGCAUACAUACAGUAGGUGUGUUUUAUAAUUUUUCACCAAUUUUGAAGGGCUUUAUUCUAAGUGUUUUUACACAACUACAGUAUAAUUUUAAGGGAUGCUUGUAAUUCCUCAUUUUGGUUUCUGAGUCCAAAACGGACUAAAGAGAUACAGUAGAGAGGAAAAAAAAAGAAAUCGCCAAAAAAUAUCUUAGCCUGUCUGGUGGCAUUUUGUGAUCUUGGAGAACUUGAGGCAUACAUGCAGAAUGUCUGCAUUACAGGAGAGGAGUGGAGCACACAGGAUAUUGAACACUGCAAAAAAAAAAAAAAACGACUAAUAACAGAAUGUGUGUUUGUGUAGGGAUAUAUAUAUAUAUA